AUGGAGAUCACAAACGUUACCGAGUAUGAAGCAAUCGCAAAGGAGAAGUUGCCUAAGAUGGUUUAUGACUACUAUGCGUCUGGUGCAGAGGAUCAGUGGACUCUUCAAGAGAACAGAAACGCUUUCGCUAGGAUCCUCUUUCGGCCUCGGAUUUUGAUUGAUGUGAGCAAGAUUGAUAUGACAACAACCGUCUUGGGGUUCAAGAUCUCCAUGCCGAUCAUGGUUGCUCCUACCGCCAUGCAGAAGAUGGCUCACCCAGAAGGGGAAUAUGCUACGGCUAGAGCUGCCUCUGCUGCUGGAACCAUCAUGACACUUUCUUCAUGGGCUACUUCCAGCGUUGAAGAAGUUGCUUCCACAGGCCCAGGGAUCCGAUUCUUCCAGCUCUAUGUAUACAAGAACAGGAAAGUGGUUGAGCAGCUAGUGAGAAGAGCCGAGAAGGCUGGGUUCAAAGCCAUUGCUCUCACUGUAGACACCCCUAGGCUAGGUCGCAGAGAGUCUGAUAUCAAGAACAGAUUCACUUUGCCUCCAAACUUGACACUGAAGAACUUUGAAGGUCUUGACCUCGGUAAGAUGGACGAGGCCAAUGACUCUGGCUUGGCUUCAUAUGUAGCUGGUCAAAUUGACCGUACUUUAUGCUGGAAGGACGUCCAGUGGCUCCAGACAAUCACCAGCAUGCCGAUUCUGGUCAAGGGUGUUCUUACCGGGGAGGAUGCAAGGAUUGCGAUUCAAGCUGGAGCAGCAGGGAUCAUUGUCUCAAACCACGGAGCUCGUCAGCUAGACUAUGUACCAGCCACAAUCUCAGCUCUUGAAGAGGUUGUCAAAGCGACACAAGGACGUGUACCUGUCUUCUUGGACGGUGGUGUUCGACGUGGAACUGAUGUCUUCAAGGCACUUGCACUUGGAGCUUCCGGGAUCUUCAUUGGUAGACCAGUGGUGUUCUCACUUGCUGCUGAAGGAGAAGCUGGAGUCAGAAAAGUGCUUCAAAUGUUACGUGACGAGUUCGAGCUAACCAUGGCGUUAAGCUUCUUUGCCACUCACAAACCUUCAUCUCUCUCCCGCGAGGCUCAGUUUGGAAAAAUGGAGAUUACAAACGUUACCGAGUAUGAAGCGAUUGCAAAGGAGAAGUUGCCUAAGAUGGUAUAUGAUUACUAUGCCUCUGGUGCAGAGGACCAGUGGACUCUUCAAGAGAACAGAAACGCUUUCGCUAGGAUCCUCUUUAGGCCACGGAUUCUGAUCGAUGUGAGCCAGAUUGAUAUGACAACAACCAUCUUGGGAUUCAAGAUCUCCAUGCCGAUCAUGGUUGCUCCUACUGCCAUGCAAAAGAUGGCUCACCCGGAAGGGGAAUAUGCUACGGCUAGAGCUGCGUCUGCAGCUGGAACUAUCAUGACACUGUCGUCAUGGGCUACUUCCAGUGUUGAAGAAGUUGCUUCCACAGGACCAGGGAUUCGUUUUUUCCAGCUCUAUGUAUACAAGAACAGGAAAGUGGUUGAGCAGCUCGUGAGAAGAGCCGAGAGGGCAGGGUUCAAAGCCAUUGCUCUCACUGUAGACACCCCAAGGCUAGGCCGAAGAGAGUCUGAUAUCAAGAACAGAUUCACUUUGCCUCCAUACCUAACAUUGAAGAACUUUGAGGGUCUUGACCUCGGAAAGAUGGACGAGGCCAAUGACUCUGGCUUGGCUUCAUACGUUGCUGGCCAAAUUGACCGUACCUUAAGCUGGAAGGAUGUCCAGUGGCUCCAGACAAUCACCAGCAUGCCGAUUCUUGUCAAGGGUGUUAUUACAGGAGAGGAUGCAAGGAUAGCGGUUCAAGCUGGAGCCGCAGGAAUCAUUGUGUCAAACCAUGGAGCUCGCCAGCUUGACUAUGUCCCAGCAACAAUCUCAGCCCUUGAAGAGGUUGUCAAAGCGACACAAGGACGAAUCCCUGUCUUCUUGGAUGGUGGUGUUCGUCGUGGCACUGAUGUCUUCAAGGCACUUGCACUUGGAGCCUCAGGGAUCUUUAUUGGAAGACCAGUGGUGUUCUCACUUGCUGCUGAAGGAGAGGCUGGAGUCAGAAAGGUGCUUCAAAUGCUACGUGAUGAGUUCGAGCUAACCAUGGCACUAAGUGGAUGCAGGUCUCUCAAGGAAAUCACCCGUAACCACAUCACCACCGAAUGGGACACUCCACGCCCUUCAGCCAGGUUAUAG